AUGGAAGUGGGCCCGGUGCCUGCUGACUCAGAGACACCUGCGGAGAGACGUCGGAGGUUAGCCAUUGAGCGCCGGCGGCGUUACCGCGAGGCACGCCGUGACCAACUGAGAGACAUCUCCCAGCUGCGCCGAGAUGCAGACAACACUGCAUACGAACAACAGCGGUCCCAACGGCGCUGCGCCGAAGGCACGCACGAGCUAAAUCAGCAACAGCGCUCCCAGAGGCGCCGUGCCGAAGGCACAGACGAACUGGACCAACGCCAGCGCUCCCAGAGGCGCCGUGCUGAAGGCACGCACGCGGACAUCCACCUCCGCAACAGAUUCCGUUCGUUCUCGGAGCCUGCACGAACAAGACAAAGCAUGCAUCCCUUCGUAGUUGCAGUGAGUGCAUUACGCUCUACCAAGACCUCUACCAUCUGCCACGAAGUGGACAUCCUCUCCGGCAGCAAGAUAAAUACAUCCGGCACCUGCGCCCGUUGUCAUCGGGAGGGGGCGAUGCCACAUACAUUUUCGGCCGCUAACGGUAUGAUUCCUGACGCCGUGCCGGAGGAAUUGAGCUCCCUCACUUUCCUGGAGGAAAUGUUGAUUAGUAAGGUGCUGCCCAACAUCUACGUCUGCCGCCUCCGUGGUGGAGGCCAGUACGGCUACUCAAACCACGGCAUCGCAUUCCCACAGGAGCUGGAAAGCCUCGCCGUCGAGCUGUCCAGACGCCCAUCGGACACAGGUGUGCUGCUCAUCAGGAAGCGGGGGAUAAACAACACCCAACGCGACUACCGGCUGGAGGAUGAUGGAGACGACGACCUGGACUGGCAAGAGGAGGCGCCUGGCGGCGGCGCAGACAUGGCUGCCGGAGAUGUUGACCGGGAGGAGGCCACCACCGUCACGGCCGUGGACCAGCUAAGGCCACAGCAAACUGAGCUCGAGCGCAUUGCUCAGGCCGUGGGGCGCAACGCCGAACCGCUACUGGAAUGGCCGCGGAGAGGACAGCAGCCGGUGAACGAAUAUAGUCACAUCGGACUGUUCACCCAGACGUUCCCCACCUUCUUACCGAAGGCCUCUGCUGACAUCAGCCAUGUAGACCCGACCUGCCCCAGAACAAAACGCGUGGAGUAUGGAGAGUGGCUGGCUCACCUGAUGUCGCUCGCGGAUGGCCGCUACGCAUGUCACCCGAGGUUCAGAUAUUAUGUGUGGAACCUUCUCCAGCAAAAACGAGCAGCCCAGACCGGGCGUGUAUUUAUGAAAAGAGACGAGGAGGCUAGAGGCAUCUCGGCUGAGGAGCUGCAACAGGUGCUGGCUGGCGGGAACAGGACCAUCGAACACCAGCUGCACUACUUCGCCAGCAGCCUGCGCGGUACCCCACAAUGGAAGCGCGCUCGACGAUUCGAGCUGCUGGACCUCAUAGAAGAGGUUGGCAUGCCCACCUUCUUCUUGACGACCAGCGCAGCCGACCUUCAUUGGCCUGACCUGCAGCUCCUGAUGAUGCAGCAAGAAGGUGCAGCGGUGGACGACAUCGUCGUUGAUGAUGGUGGCAGGAACGGCCGCGUCGUGAGAAACCCGCACGUCGCUGGCGUUUUCUUUUCACGUCGCCUGGAGCUGCUUCUGGAACAUGUUGUGAACAGCCAGGGACAUCUGAAGCACAGGUAA